AUGCAGCAACAAUUGACGCUGCUGCAGCAGCAGCAGCAGAAGGCGCUCGUGCCCGAGGCAGCAGCAGCAGCAGCAGCAGCAGCAGCUAGCCGAACACCAAGUAGCGACAGCAACGGUCAAGGGGCUCCCUUCGCGUCUCUGUACCGCGCAGCAGAGGAGCAGCAGCAGGAAGGCGUAGCAGCAGCAGCAGCAGCAGCAGGGGACCCUAUGCAGCUGCAGCUCGACGGUGUAUGUACACCGGAGCCUUCUCCAGCAGCAGCAGCAGCAACCACUCCAACUCCUGCUGCUGCUCCAACAGCAGCAGACUCUGCUGUGCAAGCAGCAGCCUUUGCGUCGGCGAAAUCCAUAAAGGAGGAGCAGCUGCAGGGGCAGCUGCAGCAGCAGCAGCUGCAGGAGCAGCUGGAGCAGCAGCAGCAGCUGCAGCAGCAGCAGCUGCAGCAGCAGCAGCUGCAGCAGCAGCAGCUGCAGCCCCAGCUUCACCAUCUGUCGACCUUGCAUGAUGUCAGCGGCGCCGCAGACCAGCUGCCCCUGGACCACCAGCUGCAGCAGCAGCAGCUGCAGCAGCAGCUGGAGCAGCAGCAGCUGCAGCAGCAGCAGCUCCACCAGCUGCAGCUGCAGCAGCUCGAGCAGCAGCAGCACGACAUGGUCUCCAUGUACCAAGUUGCGGGGGGAGUGGACGUCUCCUCGGCGCUGCUGCUGCAGCAGCAGCUGCUGCUGCAGCAGCAGCUGAAGCAGCACCAGCAGCAGCUGCUGCAGCAGCAGGACUACGGCGCCGGCGUCAAGGGGCUGCUGCUGCCGCAGCAGCAGCUGCUGCCUCCCCCCCCACACCCGCAGCAGCUGGACCAGCAGCAGCAGCAAGACCUGGAGCAGCAGCAGCAGCGAACAGCUCUGCCCAAAGUUGUGGGUGUGCGUUUUGACAAAGUCAACAAAACUUGGAGGGCCAGUUGGUAUGACCCCCAAACAAAGCGGCGAGUGGAGCGGAAGUUCUCUGUAAACAAAUUGGAGUGCCGGCAGCAGCAGGAGCAGCAGCUGGGGCUGCGCGACCGCAGCCUGCGGCGGACUCCAGCAGCAAGAAGUUUGGGGCCUUCGGACUUCGCCGUAAAACAAGAAACUCCCAGAACAGUAGUGGGCUUUUAA